AUGGAUAGGAAACAAGAAGAUAUGCAAUUUCUUAGCCUCUUUGGCAUCUGCCAAGAGGCCUGCAAGAUCAUUUUCUCAUGGAGAAAGAUCUUCAGCCAGAUCACCCUGACACUAAUCCUCCCUCUAUCUUUCAUCAUCUUGGCUCAUAUUGAAGUAUCAGAUCUCCUCUUAUCAAUGAUCAUUCACAACUUCUUGAUCACUAGUGGCCUCUUCGAUUUUGCAUACGUCACCGUCCUCUUCAUCUUCUCCCUUUACUCCACCUCCGCCGUGGUUUACACGAUUGCAUGCAUUUACACAGGCCGGGAAGUAACUUUCAAGAAGCUCAUGAGCAUUGUUCCAAAGGUCUAG